AUGAAACUGGCCACAUCGCUGUUACUGGCAUUAACCGGGUCAUGUCUAGGAUCGAGUUUCAACACUUCUAGCAUUAUUGAUUACAACGUAACCCGUUCCUCCUAUCAUAUCGCUGUUGGCAAUGAUACUGAUUAUAGCUAUUGGUCGUUGAUGGCAACCAACGCUUCCUUGUCAUAUGCAGACGGAUAUAACGUUACAGUUGCAAUAAUAGGUGAUGGUGUCAAUUCCAAAUACCUUUUAUCCAAUGAUUCUGUUCAUUCUGUAUUGGACGUGUACUCUAAUUCCACGUAUCUUUUCUCCGAGAAUGAACUCACUGAGGAUACUCUUGCGGCUAAAGUCUUACUUGCUAAUGCUCCUGCCACCAAGAUCAAAUCGUACAAAAUUUUCAAAAACUCUGAUUCAACCACAUCCAUUACUUCCAAGCUUGUAUCUGCUGUUCUAACUGCCGUCAACGACAAAAGCGUUGAUUUUAUUUACAUCAACACAUGGCAGGCUUAUGGUGGCUGGUCGGAAUCCUACCUCUCGGAAUUAAUGAAUGAAGCUGGUCGUCAAAAGCCUAUUGUCUUACCAAUGGGCCAAAGCAAUGGCAUUUUCCAGUUCUCCGAUGGUGCAGCUGCUGAGAAUGUCAUUGCUGUUGGUGGCGCAGGUUACGAAGGUGUACCAGGGUUUGCUACCGAUAUUGAUGGCGAGAUAUAUGGAGUCUAUGCGGAAAAAGCAAUGAAUCUUUGGGCUAAUAAUACAUUAGUUCUUGGACAAUUAGACUCCAAUUGUCGCUUGAAAAGCAACGUCAGUGAUCAUGAAUCCAAUCUUUUAUUCAUAGAUGUUGGUAACUGCUCCUCUGAUCAGAUUGUUGAAACUGUUAUUGAAUCAAAUUUCACGCAGUUGUUGACUACUGGUGAGGAGUAUCAGCUUUAUAAUUUUUCCGCAAAAUCUGGCUAUACUUCUGCUAUGAUCGGUAGGGAAAAUGGAAUGAAAAUUCUUAAGCGCCUAGAAAAUGGAGAUACCAUUGUUGCCCACAAAAGAUUUGAUGAAAACAUGAUUGUCGUCGAUUAUGAAUUCGACGAAUAUUCAAUAAAUUUUAACUCCUCAAUGGGCCCAACUCUUGACCUUUAUUUGAAGCCUAAUAUCAUAGCUCAAAGUGCUUUCUUUUUUGAUGAUCUAAACGUCUACGCAUCUGGAACCUCUUUAUCUGCAGCAUAUGUUGCAGGUGUCGUUGCGGCAUAUGCAUCCGGGAUGAGGGACAAAAGUUGGUACAACGGUAUUGUUGACAGAGUAACCACCUCUGGUGAUCAAGUGAAUUUUAGGAAUUUGACGCACACUUCAUCUGAGAUUGAGAAUCCAAUUGUUCAAGGUGGUGGUAUUAUCAAUGCUGAAGAUUUUGUUCUUAAGAAUUAUGAUAUCAGUCCAGGUUUUUUUGCACUGAAAGAGGCUAAAACUACUAGUGAGAUCACUUUCAGCAUCACUAAUAACAAUGAUAAAGCCGCAAAGAGAUUUCAUAUCAGCGGUUUGGAUGCUAUCACAAUAUACUCACAAGAUUUAGAUAUUGAUGCCAACAACAACAAUAUGUACCCAUUUCCAAUAUAUGGAAAUGUGACGGCUGCCACAGUGGUUAUUGAGAAGAACACUAUUCUUGUUCCAGGUGGAAAAUCUGUGAAUGUAACUGUCUUGAUAACACCACCAAACUAUUGUAGUGAAGCCGACCGGAUACCAGUAUAUGGUGGCUACAUCCAAGUCAAAGAUUUGAGCACAAAUAUAGUUUCUAGUAUUCCAUAUUUUGGCAGCACUGUUGAGUUCCAUUCGCUGGAAACACAAACCGACGAGGAAUUCUAUUGGAAAGAAUUCCAUUAUGAACCAGAUGGAAGAUAUUGUGAUAUGUGGGUCAAUGGAUCUGUUGUCAACGAUACAAACCAUUUCAUGCAGAUAUAUUUCAAUGACCGGAUUGGGUCUCCGCUGAUCGAUAUCCUCGUUGUUGAGAAAGAUUGGACCGAGACUGAUUUUGUUUAUCCUCCAGUUCCCGGGCAAAACAAGUUUAUUGAGCGUAUCCAGGGUACGAGAUAUCCCGGUGGGUACCCAUGGCACUAUGCUCCGAGAUCGAACACGACGCUUGAUGACCAGUGGGAUGACUGGCACGAUGGGUUGCUUGCUAAUGGGAGCGUUUUACCGGCUGGGGAGUACAAAAUUCUUCUGCGAAUCCUGAAACACAAUGUGCAAGAUCCGAGCGAUUGGGACGAAUGGUACAACCAUGUUUCUCCGUGGUUUGUGAUGGACUAUGCGAACGUCACUGAGGUAGACCUUCCACUGACCACCAUUUCGAUUUCGCAGACUACGCUGAAGACUGUUUCAACUAGUGCCGCUGCCGCCUCCACCUCCUCGAUGGAUAUGGCUGGAAUGCACAUGUAA